AUGAGUGCUCGCAACAACGGUCCCGCUGGCAAAUUCCGCAUUGAAGCUUCUUGGAAUGAGGCUCACGGUACAUACCGAGCCAAUGACCAAAUGCCUCUUCCCAAGACAUUAAAGUGUAUCUUUUGCGACCAGGAGAAGCAGUUGGACGCAUUUUCAAAGACUCAGUUGGCCAAGGCCACUUUCAACCCCUAUGCACCUGCAGGAUACAACAACAAGAAAAAGACCAUUACUUGCAAACAAUGCACAGCCAAGCAAACGGUCACGUUGACCUGCAUGACCUGUACAAAAACCAAACCACUUGAGCAAUUCGCGAGGAACCAACGCCGCCACAAUGAGAAAGCCCGUUGCUUAAAGUGCAUGAAGAAGCGUGAGGAGGAGGACAUGAACGACUCUGACCCAGACUAUUCAUCGGAUGACGACGAGCUUCGCGAGACUUGGCAUGAUUUCACAUAA